UAAUGGUUUGGGUCAUGUAUCUACGUCCAAUCUACAGUAGAAGAGAAGGUUCCAUCGGAAUAAUUAUUUAUUUCAGUUCAGGGUUCCUCGUCUCUUUUUUUUUUUUUGAAAAAGAAUAAAAAAAAGGAGGGAGGUUGUGGGGAGAAAUGACAAGAAGAUAUUGGAACAUAAAUUUGGAAGAGAUGAUAGAUGCAGGAGUUCAUUUUGGUCAUGGUACUAGGAAAUGGAAUCUUAAAAUGGCGCCUUAUAUCUCUGCAAAGCAUAAGGGUAUUCAUAUUACAAAUCUUACUAGAACUGCUCAUUUUUUAUCAAAAGAUUGUGAUUUAGUUUUUGACGCAACAAGUAGGGGAAAACAAUUCUUAAUUGUUGGUACCAAAAAUAAAGCAGCUGAUUCAGUAGAGUGGGCUGCAAUAAGGGCCCGGUGUCAUUAUGUUAAUAAAAACUGGCUUGGCAGUAUGUUAACGAAUUGGUCCACUACAGAAACAAGACUUCAUAAGUUCAGGGACUUGAGAAUGGAACAAAAAACAGGGAGACUCAACCGUCUCCCGAAAAGAGAUGCAGCUAUGUUGAAAAGACAAUUAUCUCGCUUGCAAACAUAUCUGGGCGGGAUUAAAUAUAUGACAAGGGUACCCAAUAUUAUAAUCAUCGUUGAUCAGCACGAAGAAUAUACGGCCCUGCGAGAGUGUAUUACUUUAGGAAUUCCAACAAUUUGUUUAACCGAUACAAAUUGUGACCCGGAUCUCGCAGAUAUUUCAAUUCCAGCUAAUGAUGACGCCAUAUCCUCAAUCCGAUUAAUUCUUAACAAAUUAGUAUUCGCAAUUUGUGAGGGUCGUUCUAGCUAUAUAAGAAAUCCUUGAUUAAUAAUAACAUAAUAAGAUAAAUA